AUGUUGAGAAUUAGUUUAUUAUUAGUUUGUCUCGUUGGAGUUUUUACAAUAUUUUCUCAAUCCAGUUGCUUUUUGAUCGGUCGUUCAGGUAUUCCAUCCUUCUUGACAAUACCAGAAGAAUCGUUAAAUUCUGUUGGAAAUGUGUCUCACAAAAGUAUACUGAACAACGAUAGCGUGCGUGUGGCUAAAUUGGCUAGAUUGGGGACAAAGUCUGACGAAAAAAUGACUAUAAACCACGCGAAGGAAAUUCAACGUAAAAAGAUAUUGGAGACAAGUUUAAAAAAUUCGGAAGAACUGUUCGCGAUUAAACCUAACACUAGUUUUUUGGAACAUAACUCUAGCAUGGCUUUGUCCAAGAACGUUCUGAGAAACGUUGUCUUGACUCUCGUUGACACGACUGGAAAAAUAAGAGACGAGUUUUGGUAUCAUUUCGAGAAAAUUCAUUCGUUUCCAGUACACGGAUAUUUAGAAAUCGACAAUCAGGAAGGGAACGGACCUGUAAAAAUAGAAUUGAACGAAUUUCUGGGAAUAUCUGGAAUAAAGGAGGACGAAUGCGAAUGUCAGCAAACAUUACGUUCACGGGUAUCUGAAUUAUUGAUUUGGGCUCGUCGAGUUAAAGAUAUGACGAUUAGUGUUCUGUCAGCUAUCAAUUUCUCCAUUCCCUUCGUAUCCGAUGUCGAAGGAGCUGCUGCGAAUAUUGCGAAAAAAGGUCAAUCGAACAAAAACAUCUCGAACGAAGUAGAACGAGUUUAUAAGAGUGAAUCGCUACGUAAUGAUUCAUUACGUUCGCUGGAUUCGCAAAAAGGAAAUUAUACGGAUUUAGAAAAGUAUUAUCAGAAAGAUGUUUCGAGUAAUGGCAAUAUAUGGGACGUGUUCGAUUUAUUUACCAAGAUUAAAACAGCUUUAUUUCGUGCUAUGAUCGAUUCUUUAAAUGGAUCCACCAAUAAAAUGGACGAUGAGUUUUCCUUUCAAGAAUCUUCGUCUUUACCAACGAAUUAUAUUGACUUGGUCGAUGGAACAAUGAAAAAUCUAAAAAUAGUCUCAGGUGACAAAGGUUACAUGCUGGCACUUGUAAUCCCGGGAAACGAGCUUACCUCUGUGAUGGAUCUCUUGCAUUACCAAAUCUCUCCAUCCGAUACGCUCGUCGUCGUGACAGAAUUAUGCUCGAAGGAUAUCAAGCAUGCGUCAUAUUUUGCCAAUGGACCAGAAGCUUCGACUCUUGAUCGUAUACGUACGAUUAAAGAACUUGCAGAUAUCAUUAAAAGUCUCUUAAGUCGUUCUUGUCAGAAGCAAGAUUGUCGCAAUGCGAAUCAACAUUUUCAUGAUAUUCCAAUUAGAAUUGUUCGAGACACGAGUGGAUCACAAUUUUCGGAAAAUGUUAAUACCAUUAUGCAAACCAAAUUGCUUAGAUAAUAAUAUCGAUCUCUAAUAAUCUCUAUCUUUUCUUUUAUUUUCUUUUUAUAGGAAAAUAUAUCGAAGAGAUUUUUAAACGAUACUCUAUCGAAAAAGAUCGACAUAUCGGGCACGUCUUAUAUCACAUUUAAUAAAUUUGAUAUGUUUAUUUGCACGCUGAUGUAUUUGAUCGCUUUGAUGACUCUCAAUUCGUCAUAGAAGAGAUGAGGUUAAGGUAAUAAUCAUUUUCAAGGCUCGAUGUUUAGUUAUUUUGUACAAAUUUGGCGUUGCUUCGAACGGGAAAGUGUAUGCGGGAAAAUGUGUAUAAGGGAAAUUUUCUGAAUAAAUAAUUCAUUACAACACAUAAUUAUAUACAUAAAUAUAUAUAUUGUAACUGAUUGCAAGUAAAUGUUAAGGAAUAACAUCGAAGCGUUACCGUAAUUCGUCCAAGAGUUCAA